AUGAAAUGUCAGCUUCAUUGUCUCACACAAGACAAUGACAAAGCUAUGAGAUAUCAGCCUCAUUGUCUCACACAAGACAAUGACAAAGCUAUGAGAUGCCAGCCUCAUUGUCUCACACAAGAAAAUGACAAAGCUAUGAGAUGCCAGCCUCAUUGUGUCACACAAGACAAUGACAAAGCUAUGAGAUGUCAGCUUCAUUGUCUCACACAAGACAAUGACAAAGCUAUGAGAUGUCAGCCUCAUUGUCUCACACAAGACAAUGACAAAGCUAUGAGAUGCCAGCCCCAUUGUCUCACACAAGACAAUGACAAAGCUAUGAGAUGUCAGCCUCAUUGUCUCACACAAGACAAUGACAAAGCUAUGAGAUGUCAGCCUCAUUGUCUCACACAAGACAAUGACAAAGCUAUGAGAUGUCAGCCUCAUUGUCUCACACAAGACAAUGACAAAGCUAUGAGAUGCCAGCCCCAUUGUCUCACACGAGACAAUGACAAAGCUAUGAGAUGCCAGCCCCAUUGUCUCACACAAGACAAUGACAAAGCUAUGAGAUGCCAGCCCCAUUGUCUCACACGAGACAAUGACAAAGCUAUGAGAUGCCAGCCCCAUUGUCUCACACAAGACAAUGACAAAGCUAUGAGAUGCCAGCCCCAUUGUCUCACACAAGACAAUGACAAAGCUAUGAGAUGCCAGCCUCAUUGUCUCACACAAGACAAUGACAAAGCUAUGAGAUGCCAGCCCCAUUGUCUCACACAAGACAAUGACAAAGCUAUGAGAUGCCAGCCUCAUUGUCUCACACAAGACAAUGACAAAGCUAUGAGAUGUCAGCCUCAUUGUCUCACACAAGACAAUGACAAAGCUAUGAGAUGUCACCCUCAUUGUCUCACACAAGACAAUGACAAAGCUAUGAGAUGCCAGCCUCAUUGUCUCACACAAGACAAUGACAAAGCUAUGAGAUGCCAGCCUCAUUGUCUCACACAAGACAAUGACAAAGCUAUGAGAUGUCACCCUCAUUGUCUCACACGAGACAAUGACAAAGCUAUGAGAUGUCACCCUCAUUGUCUCACACAAGACAAUGACAAAGCUAUGAGAUGUCAGCCUCAUUGUCUCACAAGACAUGGAAUGAACAUAAAUGUAAAAUAUCAUCAGCCCCAUUACUGA